ACGAAUGAGAUAACGCGCCAGCUGCUGGAGAAUAAAGGGUUCUAUUCGCUGACCAAGCCCGGUGACUAUAUCAACGUCGUAGGUGUAAACAUGUUGGCCGCCAUGAUCCAUCCAGGUGGCGGCCGAAAUGAUGUGCCACCCCGACUUAAGCGGCAGUUCUGUAUAUUCAACUGCACGCUACCAUCGGACACUUCCAUGGACAAAAUAUUUGGGGCGCUGGGCUGCGGGUACUUCUGUGUGGAGCGGUUCAAUGAGCAGAUCGUACGGUUCUUGCCUGGCCUGGUGGUGCUCACCCGGAUCUUGUGGCAGAAAACCAAACAAAAGCUGUUACCCACCCCGGCCAACUUCCAUUAUGUGUUCAACCUGCGCGACCUGUCCCGCAUCUGGGAAGGCAUGCUGCAGGUGUGCUCUGCUGAAUGCCAGGACGUACGGAUGCUAUUGCGACUGUGGUGUCACGAGCUGCAGCGCGUCAUCUAUGACAAGCUGACCAGCAUUCAGGACAAGGACUGGUUCCUGGAGACAGUCAUGUCCUCGGCUGAGAAGUUCCUUGGCCAUGAGAACUACAAAAUGAUGCCGGCUGACAUGAAAACGAUAGUUUUUGUCGACUUUAUGCGGGACAUGAUCGAACCAACAGGCGACGAGCCUGAUGACUUCGAACCCGAGACCCCGAACAUUUACGAGAACAUCGAAGAUUUUGAAGUACUGAAAGAUAGAAUGUUGAUGUUUAUGGGUCAAAUGAAAGACGCGACUCGUGGUUCUGUAGUGGAUUUAGUCUUUUUUAGAGACUGUAUGGUCCAUUUGAUUAUAAUAGCACGCAUACUAAGAAUACCUCGUGGAAACGGUCUACUCGUGGGUGUUGGAGGUUCAGGCCGGAGAUCGGUGACCACUUUGGCAUCGUUUAUCGCUAAAUACAAACAGCAUUCAAUAUUUCUAACAAGGUCAUAUAACAUCAAUAAUUUCUUGGACGACAUCAGAAUACUUUAUAGAUUCGCCGGAAUUCAAGAUAUGAAAACUACAUUCGUGUUCACAGAUAACGACAUUAAAGAAGAGUCUUUUCUCGAGUAUAUUAACAAUAUAUUAAGUUCUGGAGAAGUAGCUAACUUGUUCCCCAAAGAUGAACUUGAAGAAAUGUUGAAUAGCAUAACUCCGUUAUUUAAAAAGAAAUCACCCAAAGGCAAUCCGUCUAUGGACAACUUGUACCAAUUUUUCAUUAAGCAAGCUAUGAACAAUUUACAUUUAGUUUUAUGUUUUUCACCGAUAGGUGACAGUUUUCGUUUGCGUUCAUUAAAGUUUCCCGGUAUUAUAUCUGGGUGCAUUAUCGAUUGGUAUACCGCGUGGCCCUCGGAUGCACUCCUAGCGGUAUCUCAUCAUUUUCUAAACAAUUUUCCAGUGAUCGGUACAAUAGAUGAAAAGGCAUCAUUGAUACAAUUACUUGGUGUCAUACACGAUAACGUUGCAAACGACUGUAUAAAUUAUUUCCAAAGAUUUCGUCGAAAAAUAUUUGUAACGCCAAAGUCAUUCCUUUCAUUUGUGGACGACUAUAAGAGUUUGUACUCAAAAAAUAUAUAUGAAAUUGAGCAGAUGAAAAAGCAAAGAAUAUUAGGAUUAGAGAAACUUGCCGACGCUUCAAUACAAGUAGAAGUGUUAAAAGAAGAAUUGAUAGAGAAAGAAAAGGAAAUUAUUAUCGCAACGGAAGCCAGUACAGAGGUAACUACUAAAGUGAACGUAGUGGUUAAAGCUGCAGAAAUAAGUAAAGCCGAAGUCGCCGUUGUGAAAGACCGAGCCGAAUUGUUAUUAAAAAGCAUUUCAAAAGAGAAAAAGAUUGCCGAAGUGAAACUUGCUAAAGCUAAACCCGCUUUAGAUGCUGCUGAAGCAGCUUUAUUGACACUAACAGCAACUGAUAUAGCAACCGUAAGAAAAUUGGGUAAACCACCUUACUUAAUUACAUUGAUUAUGGAUUGCGUACUAAUAUUUUUUCAACGAAAAUUACCGAAAGUCAUCAAAGAUACUACCAAGUUGUUUUUAGAACCCAAUUGGAAGGAAUCUUUAAAAUUAAUGUCCGACACCAGAUUUCUAUUCAACCUUCAAAAUUUCCCUAAAAAUCAGAUCAAUGGAGAAACAAUUGAUCUAUUACAACCUUAUUUCAAUUAUCAAGACUAUACAUUCGAAAAAGCAAAAUUGGCAUGUGGAAACGUAGCCGGACUUCUCAGUUGGACAUUGGCCAUGUCAGAUUUCUAUAAUGUAAACAAAGAAGUGCUUCCAUUGAUAGCUAACUUAGCUAAGCAAGAGGGUAAACAUAUUCAAGCUAAAGAACAAUUAAAAGCCGCGGAGACCAUAGCUUUUGAAAAAAACAAGGAGUUGUUAGAAGCAAAACGAAAGUUAAAUAUAGCUUUAAGUUCACAGCAAGUAAUUCAGACUGAAGCGAAUAGAUGUAAAAAUAAAAUGAUGUCGGCAACAGCACUUAUUGAGGGCUUAGAAGGAGAAAGAAAGAGAUGGAAACAGCAGUUAGCUGGUUUUAAUUUGGAAAUCAAAUAUUCAUUAGGAGAUAUCGUAAUACUGACGGCAUUUUUAAAUUAUUCAGGGCCAUUCAACCAAGAAUAUAGAGCGAGCAUUAUGCAAUCGUGGUAUGAUCAAUUAAACGAGAGGAACAUUCCAAAUACCCCUAAUCUAAAUGUGACUGAAAAAUUGGCGGACCCUCCAACUAUUAGCGAAUGGAAUCUCCAAGGACUGCCAAAUGAUGAUCUAUCGAUUCAAAACGGUAUUAUUGUAACAAAAUCUUCAAAAUACCCAAUUAUGAUUGAUCCACAGAGUCAAGGAAUAGCUUGGAUUAAAAAUAAAGAAGCGGUAAAUAACAUGAUUGUUACUUCUUUUGAUGAUAAAUAUUUCAGAAAUUAUCUUGAAGAUAGUAUAUCGUUGGGAAAACCAUUACUGAUCCACGAUAUACUGCAAGAUGUCGAUCCAGUAAUAAAUAACGUUUUAGAAAAAAACUAUUACGCAAAAGGUAAAAUCGUGAAUGUAUUAUUAGGAGAUAAAGAAAUUGAUGUCAGCGACGAUUUUCGACUAUAUAUCACUACAAAACUUGGAAAUCCAUCGUUUCCUCCAGAGCUUUACGCCAGAUGCAUAAUAAUCGAUUUUACUGUAACUAUUAAAGGAUUGGAAGAUCAAUUAUUAAGUAGAGUCAUCGAAAUCGAGAAAAAAGAAUUAGAACAAGAGCGUAUUGAAUUAAUUUCCGAAGUGACUUCUCAAAAACGAAAAAUGCAAAAAUUAGAAUACGACCUUCUAAUAAAAUUAACUACCGUAAAAGGGUCAUUGGUAGACGAUGAAUCGGUUUUAUAUACGUUGAAUAAGACCAAAGAUACGGCUACCGAUGUCAGUGAAAAAAUAGAGGUGGCGAACGUGACACAAGCUUCAAUAAGCGUGAUGCGUGAACAGUAUCGUCCGAUUGCCACUAGAGGUUCAGUUCUGUACUUUUUAAUCGUAGAAAUGGGAAUGGUAAAUCCCAUGUAUCAGAACUCAUUACAACAGUUCUUAGAACAGUUUGAUAUGUCGUUAUCAAACUCCGAUAAAGCUGUUAUGCUCGAACGUAGAAUAAGCAACAUUAUUGAAUAUUUGACUUACGCCAUAUACAAAUACAAGUGCCGUGGACUGUAUGAGGUGCACAAAAUACUUUUUACGAUACUCAUGACGCUCAAAAUAGAUCUGGACAGAGAGAAAAUCACUAGAAGUCAGUUUGAAUAUUUCAUCAAGGGUGGUGCUUCAGUUGAUAUGAGUUCUAUAAAGCCUAAACCUUUCGAUUGGGUGACUGAUAUUUGUUGGAUGAACUUGGGCUUACUGCAAACUAUUUCGCCGUUCCAAUCAAUAUUGACCGCGGUUGAAACGAACGGAAGUUCGUGGAAAAGAUGGUACGAGAAGAGUAAUCCGGAAAAAGAAAAAAUGCCAGAUGGAUUUGACAAGCUCGACGUGUUUGAAAGGUUAUUGAUGGUGAGGGCGUGGUGUCCAGACAGGACGUUGGUCCAAGCAUUUGCCUACGUUGAAGAAUCGCUAGGGCCUCAGUUCGUGGAAACAGUAAUGUUUGACAUCGAAGAGAUGUACCUCGAAUCCAGAAGUACUACGCCGAUGAUUUGUUUCCUAAACAUGGGUUCUGAUCCAAGUAAUCUCAUUGAGAACACUGCAAAAAAAUUAGAAAUACCGUUCAAUUCUGUGUCGAUGGGACAAGGUCAAGAAGUACACGCCGAAAGGUUAAUGAAAGAAUGUACAAUCAACGGAGGAUGGGUACUACUUCAAAAUUGUCAUUUGUGUUUGAAUUUUAUGCAAGAAACGUUUACAUAUAUAAACACAAGUGUGGCGAAUUCCAGUCAAGAAAACUUUAGAAUAUGGAUAACCACAGAAGUUCAUCCACAAUUCUCGAUAUCACUUUUACAAAUAUCUAUACAUUUUACGUAUGAGCCCCCAGAAGGAUUAAGAGCCGGGUUAAUGAGAACUUUUAUCAAUAUGGGUGAUGACACAUUGAUCUACUCCAGCAUACCGCAAUACAAACCAAUAUUGUAUGUGAUUUCCUUCCUCCAUUCGGUCGUCCAAGAGCGAAGAAAGUUUGGGCCCGUCGGUUGGAAUAUACCAUAUGAAUUCAAUACUUCAGAUUGGUACUCGUCGACUUUAUACUUACAAAAAAUGGUCGAUGAGAUGGAACCCACCUCCGAAGUUAACUGGGUGGCCUUAAGGUAUAUGUUGGCCGAAGUGCAUUAUGGUGGCCGGGUAACCGAUGACUAUGACCGACGGCUAUUAAAUAAUUUUACCGAACUUUGGUUUACCGACGAACUGUUUAGUGAACAUUUUUGUUUCUACGAAGGUUACAACGUAUUGGUUUUUAAUAAACUAGCUGAGUAUCUAUCGGCGAUAGACGAAAUGCCAUUGAAAGAUCCGCCACAAGCGUGUGGACUUCAUCCAAACACCGAUAUUACAUACCAAACUAACAUAGUUCAAGAGAUGUUCGACACUAUAUUAAUGAUUCAGCCAAAAGGUUCUGGUGGCGGUAGUGAAGUGACACGUGAAGAAAAAGUGUACGUUACGAGUUCGGAUUUGUUGGAAAAGCUGCCGCUCGCUUUCAACAUGUUUACAAUCAAAGAAAGGUUAACGUUGAUGGGUCCGACGCAGCCUAUGAACAUAUUCUUAGGACAAGAAAUCGAUCGCAUCCAAAAAGUUAUAGAAAUAGUGAAAUCUACUUUGGAAGACCUUUUAUUAGCUAUUGACGGAAUAAUCAUUAUGAACGAAGUUUUGUCUGAUACAUUGGAUUAUUUGUACGACGGCCGCAUCCCAGCACACUGGCUGAGGGCCUCUUGGACGUCGUCUGCUAUAGGUUUUUGGUUUAACGAAUUGCUGAACCGGCACAGCCAAAUCACGGCAUGGGUGUUCAGGGAAAAGCCAGCUCAGUUUUGGAUGACCGGUUUCUUCAACCCGCAGGGGUUCUUGACGGCUAUGAAACAGGAAAUAUCCAGGGCUCACAAAGGUUGGACGCUUGACAACAUUGUGCUCGAGAACGAAGUUACGGUGUACCAUAAACAAGACAUCAAAAAAUCACCACUGGAAGGGGUCUAUGUGUACGGAUUGUUCUUGGACGGGGCGAGUUGGAACAGGAGGGAAAAAGAACUGCAGGAAUCGCUCCACAAGAUCAUGUUCACGGAAAUGCCGGUCAUUCACAUAUUUGCGAUAAACACGGUCGGAAAUAAACUGAUGCCAGGCUACGAAUGUCCCGUUUACAAAAAGCCAAUAAGAACUGGACUGACUUACGUGUGCGAACUGCGGCUCAAAUCACCAAAGGGAACGUUAGAGGCCCAUUGGGUAUCCAGAGGCGUUGCUCUUCUGUGUGACAUCAAAUAAAUCAAUUCAAAAUAACAUUUUAAUAAAUAAAGAAAAUCAGACGUU